GAUGCUGUGACAUCAAAACCAGUAAUCCAGUUUCAAGGAAGCCAAGGGCACAUCGCGAUUCCAAGGCCUGAUCGACCUACGGAAGUACGGACUUUCACAUUUUAUCUUUCAAAUAUUGGCAAGGACAGCCCGCAAGGGAGUUUUGACUGUAUCCAGCAGUAUGUAUCUAGCAAUGGCAAUAUCCAUUUGGAUUGCCUUGGAAGCAUACAGGAUAAAAUCACUGUGUGUGCUACUGAUGAUUCCUACCAGAAGGCAAGGCAAAGCAUGGCGCAGGCAGAGGAGGAGACUCGCAGCCGGAGCGCUAUAGUCAUUAAACCUGGGGGGAGAUACGUAGGCAAAAAGGUUCAGGUGCGUAAACCUGCACCAGGAGCUUCCGAUGCUGUUCCCUCCAGGAAGCGCCCAACGCCAGUCAACCUUGCCAGUGCAAUAAAGAGAGGCAAUAGUGCCAUUUCUCAGAGACCCUUCAAAGAUAGGGUUGUGCACUUACUGGCACUAAAGCCUUAUAAGAAACCUGAACUUAUUCUCAGAUUGCAGAAGGAUGGACUUUCUCAGCAGGACAAGGAUUUGCUGGACAACCUUCUGCAACAGGUGGCAAAUUUGAGUGCCAAGGACAGCACUUUCACACUGAAAGAUUGUGUAUACAAAGAAGUGCAGAAGGACUGGCCUGGCUACUCUGAAGGAGAUCAGCAGUUGCUGAAGAGGAUACUUGUUCGGAAACUCUGUCAGCCGCAGAACAGUAGCGGUUUUCAAGGAGAAGCGCCUUCCCUGAGUCCACCAAAAGACAAUGUGAACUCCAGCUCUCCUCCUCAGAAACGAUCCCAGCCUCUGGAGUUUAUCGAUCCCCUGGCCAACAAAAAGCCCAGGAUCUCGCAUUUGGCUCACAGAACUCAACCCACUUUCAAUGGGAAACUGAAUUCCUCCAACGGGAAGGAUGCCCCUGCCCCUGCCCUGCCGCCGGCUGUCCCGGAGUCGGUGAGCUCCAGCUCCAGCCUCCCUGUGCUGGAGCUGCCGAGGCCUCACGAUCCCCUUUCGGAUGUCAGCAAUGACCUAACUCACAACGGCAGAGACUGUGAGAACCCGGAGACGGCUGACAGACUGACUCAUCCUUUGUCAACAGACUGUCCCCAAACGAGCAAGCACAAUUGCAGCUCGUAUGUAAAAACCAAGAAAAAAUCCAAAAAGCACAAAGACAAGGAAAAGGAGAGAAAGGAGAAGAAAAACGAAGAGAAGUGCAAAGAGGAGAAGCAGGACUGUGAAGUAAUAAAAAAUGCUGACUUAGUUAGUGUUCCCCAGGAGCAGGUCACAGGUUUAAAUGGAACAUGCAAUAAUUCUAGUGUACCAACGUCAACUUCAGAAAUGCCAGAUUAUUUAUUAAAAUACGCAGCCAUUUCCUCUUCGGAGCAGCGUCAGAGUUACAAAAAUGACUUCAAUGCAGAGUACAACGAGUACAGAGACUUGCACGCCCGGAUAGAGAGGAUAACUCGACGGUUUACGCAGUUAGACGCCAAGCUGAAGCAGCUUUUGCAGGGCUCUGAAGAAUAUAAGACCAUCCAUGAUCAAAUUUUACAGGAAUAUCGGAAAAUUAAAAAGACUAACCCCAAUUACAGCCAAGAGAAGAACCGCUGCGAAUACCUCCACAACAAACUGGCUCAUAUUAAAAAACUGAUAGCAGAGUAUGACCAACAGCAGUUUUAG